ACCUCCACCAUCAUCAUCACCACAACCACAACACGAAAAUGGGCAAAUGCAGUAAAGACAAACGCGACCUCUACUACCGAAAAGCGAAAGAGCAAGGCUGGCGCGCGCGCUCGGCCUUCAAGCUGCUGCAGCUCGACUCUGAGUUCCACUUACUCGACGACGUCGAGCGGGUCGUUGAUCUCUGCGCUGCGCCGGGCUCGUGGAGUCAGGUGCUGUCGCGGAAGCUGGCGAGCAAGAGCGCGAAUCCGGCGACGAUCGUGUCGGUGGAUUUGCAGCCGAUUGCGCCGUUGCCGGGGGUGACGACUUUGCAGGCUGAUAUUACGCAUCCGUCGACGUUGACGAAUAUUCUGAAGCUGUUUGGUGGAGAGCCUGCAGACUUUGUUUGCUCUGACGGUGCACCGGACGUCACAGGACUCCACGACCUCGACGAAUACAUCCAAGGCCAACUAAUCCUCUCCGCCCUGACCCUCGCCACAAGUCUCCUCCGCGAAGGCGGCACCUUUGUCGCCAAGAUCUUCCGCGGCCGCGACGUCGACCUGCUCUACUCCCAGCUCGCGCUCCUCUUCGACCACGUCACCUGCGCGAAACCACGCAGCUCGCGCGCCUCCUCGCUCGAAGCCUUCGUCGUCUGCCAGGGAUACCGGCCGCGGCCAGGAUGGCAGCCGGAGUCGCUGCAGCUCAAGCAUACCCUCGUUCCGCUGGACCUGAACGACGCGAGCAUAGACGCGGCCGAGCGGUCGGUCGCGCCGUUUGUGGCGUGUGGAGAUUUGUCGGAUUAUGACGCCGACGCGACGUAUCAGCUUGAGAAGGGCGUGCAGGCUGUCAGUUUAGAGCCGGUGCAGAAGCCGACUGCGCCGCCGUACAAGACUGCGUUGGAGAAGAAGCGGGCGGGCACAUUGCGAUGAUGUGUCUGUGUAUUUUUAGUAAUUAGAAGUAAUUGAUUGUAAUG